AUGGGCCGAAAGAAUAAAAGCAACAGAAGGACAAAAAUCGCAUCUUCUGGCUCUGCCAACGCGAACACCUCUUCUGCGGCCACUCUUCGAGACGAACCUCCCACUGGCAGACAGCACAACAACCCGCUUUCAACUGUCGAAGAAUCCCCCAUCCCCUUUCGCUCUUCGUUAACCUCGUCUCCCACAAAUUGUCAGCUCCCCACUUUCAGCUCUCAACACUUUGCCAGUCUUGUAGAAGAAGACGAUCAGUUGUCUCCGACUGCCAUGAACCCCUCUCGGCGCUCAUCAGCGAGCUCUCUCUCCAGCGCAGACCCCCUACCCCCUCACAGGCGGGCAACGGCGUCUAGCUUGGACGAUGCUCCUGUCGUUCAAAGGAGGGUCUCGGCUCACAGUCUGGAUGAUGACGACGAGCCAGUCAUCCACAGGCGACCAUCAGCUUCCAGCUUAGACGACCCUGCUCCAUCGUCUGGGCUCGCUGUUCCCCAACGACCCAGUCUGACAUCUACUCCUUCCGAGCAGCCCCUCUUGGCCGUCGAAACCCCCAGGGAAGAGGAGGACUUUGAGGUCCCUUCGCCCGGUGCCGAACAGCAACUGGAUCACCGAGAGGACUCUACCCCCAACACAUCCUUUUUCAACAAUCACCACUCGUCUGCUCCCUCAGCGGCUCCAAAGAUCCGUAUCAACGAUAUGCCAAACUCUCCCCCUGUCCAUGAUGACUCGAGAGUUCCAACUCCCCCCGUUAUCGCUUCUCUCACUGCUAGCCCCUUCGCCCACGGCGUCAGAAGGCCUCAUCACUUGCAGAGUCAGCCCCCUACAACCACUACCCCUAUCAAUCCCACCAACAUAAUUCACGAGGUGCACACCAGGCAGUCAUUCGCGAGCGCUGGUAGUCCCUCAUCCUACCAUCCAAGGAACUUGGCUGGUGUCGGGACUGGGAUGGAUAACUCCAGCGCUCUUGCUGGCCCUGGACCCAGUACGGUUGCCGCUGCUACCCCCAAUGUACCUAUACACACUGCAGGCCUUCCUAAAUCUGUCAGCACCGUCAUCACCAACGCACCGGGCGUCUCUGCCCGUACCACCGGUUUCGAUCUUCCCAAUUCUACCAGCCAAAACACCAUCGCCGAACGUCGUGCCAUGCGUAUGAAGCAGACCAUGUCGACGAGUACGAGCAGGAGAUCGAGGAUCAAUGACAUGGGGACGACGGCCAACAAGCCCGUCAAGGGGGUGUUGAAUCGAAAGCCGUUUCAGAGUACUAGGCUCAAGGGAGAGAUCUAUAAGCCGUGGUUGGAAAACAAGGACCCGGCUUUGAGGUGGGCGAGGUGGAUUACCCUCACCAGUAUCUUCAUCGGAUUUGCUAUUGCUGGUAUCAUCUGCUGGGAUGGUUAUCGGUCAGUGCCCAAGCUCGGUACCGUUUGCUCUAUCCUCAACGAAGAUUGGUCCAACGGCAUCGACUCCAGUAUAUGGCAGCACGAAGUCCGUACCGAUGGCUACGGCCCUGGUUCAUUUAGUUGGACUACCGCCUCUUCCAACAACUCAUACGUUGAAGACGGCAUUCUCUACAUUGUUCCCACCCUGACUUCCGAUACCAUCGGCAUCGACGCCGUGACGAGCGGAUACACUCUGAACCUUACCGCCGAUGGUACAUGCACGUCCAGUAACGUCUCGCAAUGUGUCGCCGUCUCCAACUCUUCCAAGUUGACCGUCAUCAACCCCGUCCAAACGGCUCGGCUGAUCACCAAAAACACCGUGUCGCUCAAGUAUGGCAAAGUGGAAGUCAAGGCCAAAUUCCCGACUGGUGACUGGCUCUGGCCUAGGGUCAUGUUGUUGCCCGUGAAUGAGACAUAUGGGACAUGGCCCAGGAGUGGACAGAUUGACAUCAUGAGCGGCCGAGGCAAUAAUGCGUCUUAUGCCGGACGAGGUGUCGAUUACGCACAGUCGGACCUGCAUUGGGGACCGACUACCGCCCUUGACAGACUCUACUUGACUUGGGGUUACCGAGAGCAGCGCCGAACGUACUACUCGGACAAGUACCACACUUUUGGUUUCGAGUGGAACGAAAACUACCUCUGGACAUACAUUGAUUCUCGAGUCUCCCAAGUAGUGUCGUUGAGGUUUAACAAAGAGUCCUUUUGGACGCGUGGAAAGUUCCCGUCCACCUACACCAACAACUCUGAUGUUGUCAAGUUGACCAACCCGUGGUCCUCUUCCGAGAAUAACAAUGCUCCUUUCGAUCAGAAGUUCUAUCUUGCGAUCGAUUUGGCCGUUGGCUCCACGGACGGUUGGUUCCCUGACAGCGAAGGUGGUAAACCGUGGACGGAUGACUCGGCCUCUGCCAUGUCUGAUUUCUGGGCGGCGAGAAGCAAGUGGAACGGGACCAGCUGGAGUUCGGAUCCCAAGACCAGAGGCUUUGCAGUAGAUACGGUAAAGGUGUGGGAGGUCUGUUAA